UCAUGCGUCUAGGUGUACAGCAUUUUGCGUGUGUGAUGGAAAUCUGGAGAUACAAUGUUUAACUAUAAACUUUUAGGAAUUAUUUUAUUAGGAACUUUUAGUAAAUCGUUUUCAAGCAUAUUAACCUGUUCCAAAGACUGGAAUCUCCAUGGUUCUAAAUGCUAUAAGCUGGAACGAGAAAAGAUGAAUAUUACAAAUUCAAAGACAUUUUGUGAGAAUCUUAAUGCUGAAAUGGUUAUGCCUAAAACUGCUGACGAAAACAGUGUAUUAUCCGAAACUACUUUACGGUUUUGGAUUGGAAUAAUAGAUCAUAAUAAAACUAUAGAAGAUUGGACCUGGAACGAUGGUACUAAAUUAAAAUCAAACGGUAUAUGGGCCACAGGCGAGCCAAAUAAUGGAGAAUCUCCUGAAGAAUGUGUAAUUUCUGGUCAGAUCGGAUGGGCUGAUGUUCCAUGCACAGGAAAGAGGCCAACUGCUUGUCAGAAGAAACCAGAUAUUAUAGCAGACGAGGAUGAAAGUGUUACCCUUACCUGUGACGUCAAAUACACGCAGGGUAUCACAAAACUAUUCUGGACAAGAUCAGCGAAUGGUAGCAAUGUAAUCGUUUCUGAGUACGCAAAAAAAGGGAACGUCACAUCACCAAGUCUGGUCUUUGAACACGUAAAAUGGACAGACGAGGGAUUGUAUAAAUGCCAUGUGACAUACAUUUCCGGACUGACUCAAACAGAUGAAACGAGUCUCUAUAUAAAUGCAUCAAAUAUGAUUCCGUGUAGAUGUGAAUAUCGGAGAAAACUAGAAUUUUGGGGUUCUAAGAUAAUUCCGAAUAGAACCGAGGAAGAUUUGCUGAAGGAAUUGGAAUCAGAAUUACAAAAGAUUAAAAAGGAACUGAAAGUAAAUAAAUCGCAACUGUCGUCUAGCAUCCGCAAGCGAACAUCCGCUUCUGAUAGACGGAAAUCUUCUGAGACCAUGGGAUUAGCCGGAACUGCUUUUAUUUGUAUUGUCGUUGGACUUGUUAUACUCAUUGAUUUACUCAGUUUAGUUAAGUUUGUAAAGUCGACAAUUACCUUUUGGAAUUCAAAGAAAAAAAGACAAAAAGCAAAAGACAAAAAGAGCAAGAUGGGAAAAAUAUUCGAUAUCAACAAGAGGAAAACCCAAACAUCAGAAUCUGCUGCAUAGGAGUAAAAUUCAAACUAAAAAUGACUUCAUGGCUUUUAAUUUCGAAUGCAGAAAACUAAAUAUCUUUGCGAUUUAAUAUCAAGUUGAGUAGUAUGAAUCAGAAACAGAAUUUUCAUUGGACGACAUCUUAAAUAUUAAUGUAUCGAUUAGCCAGUUUUGCAAUAAUCAUUAAUUAAAAUCUAAACACAUAAAGAAUGAUUUCUUAAGUCACGAUGAUUAUGAGAACUUUUUGCACAAAACACUUCAUAUUGUUGAUAAA